GCCCGCACGGGCGGGCAGCGCCGCUCUAGCCCGGUGCCGCGCUCUGUGGUGUCGGUGCCAAGAUGGCGUCGGCGGUAGAGGCGGGGUGGCGGCUGCGGCGGGCGGCGGAGAGCGGCGAGCUGGCGGGGCUGCCCGCCAGGCUGCGGGCCGAGCUGGAGGCCGCACUGGCGUCCGAAGGCGCCCUGGUGCCGUUCAGCCUACUGCGGGAGCUGCACGCCGCGCUGCGGGAGGCAGGGUCCCCGCUGUACCUGUUCCAGCUCCUAGAAGGCAGCGAGAUCCACCUGCCCCCGGUGCCGGUGCCGCCGCGGAACCCCGAGCUGGUGGCGCGGCUGGAGCGGAUAAAGGCCAAGCUGGCCAACGAAGAGUACCAGCGAAUGACCCGCAACAUCACUGGGCAGGACACGAACGGGCCGUUGACUGAAUUUGGGAGGCAAGUUCGCUCUGUUAAAGCCGUUGUCAUCACCGUAUUCAACUUCAUUCUCACAGUGGUGGCCUCCUUCGCCUGCACGUACCUGGGCAGCCAGUAUGUCUUCGCUGAGACAGCAGCGGUGAGUGAGCCUGUGGCCUCGGAGCCCACUUGCCCUGCGCCAGCCAGGCUGGAGCAGCAGCUCGGGGCACACACAUGGUCACUGAUCUCUCUUUUUGUGUCCCCAGCGCGUCCUGUCAGCAGUAAUCGUGGCCUCAGUGGUGGGCUUGGCCGAGCUGUAUGUAAUGGUGCGGACUCUUGAAGGGGACCUCGGGAAACUGUAACCACACGUGUCCCCAUGAACUGAACUGAACGCGCCAGAGGCUUCUCCCCUUCCCAGGAGCCAUUAAUUUGGACAGGUUUAUCUGCUACCAUCUGUACCUGCUCCUGCUACCGGGAAGACUGCUAUAUUUCUCAGGCCUCAUCCUGUGCUUCCCACUCCGUAACGUUCUUGAAAUGGACAUGGAUUAAAAUCCCGCAGCUGCAGAACAGAAGAGGGAACGGUUGUGGACUCUUACCAUCCCAGUACAGAGAGGGGUGUUAGCUCCUGCCAUUCCCAUUCUCCUAUCAAGUUGUUCUUUUAUCCUGGAAAUAAAUAAUAUUCUGUGUUUCCAACCCCC